GGCCCGGGAUGCGGAGAGGGCUCGGGAGGCAGCCGCAGGCACGAUGGGGAUCCGAGGGGGGCUAAGGGGCACGCAGCUGGCGGCCGGAGCACCGAACGGCUCAGCGUCGCUGCAAAGUUAGGAUCGCGUCCCUAAACUGCACGCCCCGAGCGACUCGAAACGCGCCCCCCGCCCCGCCCCGCCCCCUCCCCUCCCCGCCCGGGGCUCGCCGCCGAGCUAAAAAUAACAGCCCGGUUCGCCCCCCGCAGACCGCGACCCCAACCCCUCCCCCGACCCCUCCCCCACUGGGCGUGGGGCGAAGCCACAGCUCCCAGUUCCCCAAAAGAAAAAAAAAAGAAAGAAAAGGCGGCGCGGGGGGGGGGGGGCGGGGGGCGGGCCGGGGGCGGGGGGCCCGGCCAUAUGGAUGUGAUUUCUCCGCUCCGAGGCAGACGGGCAGCUCCGCAGCGCUCGGCGCCCGCCCGCCGCCCGCCCGGCCCCCGGCUGCCUCCCUUCCUCCCUCCCUCUCUUUCUCCCUUGCGCUCGCUCGCUCGCUCGCCCUCGGCGCAUGGGCCCCGCGCCGGGCCCCGGGGCCUCGGGCCGCCUGGCCUCCGGGGUCCCCUAGGCCCGGGCGUGGGCGGGGCAGCCCGGCCUGACGCAGCUCUGUACCCCACCACCACCACCACCAGGGCCGGCGGCGGCGGCUGCCCCGAGGGACGGGGCCCUAGGCGGCGGCGAUGGGGGCCGUCCGGAUCGCGCCCGGCCUGGCGCUGCUGCUCUGCUGCCCGGUGCUCAGCUCCGCGUACGCGCUGGUGGAUGCAGAUGACGUCAUGACCAAAGAGGAGCAGAUCUUCCUGCUGCACCGCGCCCAGGCCCAGUGCCAGAAGCGGCUCAAAGAAGUCCUGCAGAGGCCAGCUGACAUAAUGGAAUCAGACAAAGGAUGGGCUUCUGCAUCCACAUCAGGGAAGCCUAAGAAAGAGAAGGCAUCUGGGAAGCUCUACCCUGAGUCCGAGGAGGACAAGGAGGUGCCCACUGGCAGCAGGCACCGAGGGCGCCCCUGCCUGCCCGAGUGGGACCACAUCCUUUGCUGGCCGCUGGGGGCACCAGGUGAGGUGGUGGCUGUGCCCUGUCCCGACUACAUUUAUGACUUCAAUCACAAAGGCCAUGCCUACCGUCGCUGUGACCGCAAUGGCAGCUGGGAGCUGGUGCCUGGACACAACCGGACAUGGGCCAACUACAGCGAGUGUGUCAAGUUCCUGACCAACGAGACUCGUGAACGGGAGGUAUUUGACCGCCUGGGCAUGAUCUACACCGUGGGCUACUCCGUAUCGCUGGCCUCCCUCACCGUGGCCGUGCUCAUCCUGGCCUACUUCAGGCGGCUGCACUGCACACGCAACUACAUCCACAUGCACCUGUUCCUGUCCUUCAUGCUUCGCGCCGUGAGCAUCUUCGUCAAGGACGCGGUGCUCUACUCGGGCGCCACGCUCGAUGAGGCCGAGCGCCUCACCGAGGAAGAGCUGCGCGCCAUCGCCCAGGCACCCCCGCCGCCCACCGCCGCCGCCGGCUACGCGGGCUGCAGGGUAGCUGUGACCUUCUUCCUUUAUUUCCUGGCCACCAACUACUACUGGAUUCUGGUGGAGGGGCUGUACCUGCAUAGUCUCAUCUUCAUGGCCUUCUUCUCAGAGAAGAAGUACCUGUGGGGCUUCACAGUCUUCGGCUGGGGUCUGCCCGCUGUCUUCGUGGCUGUGUGGGUCAGCGUGAGAGCCACCCUGGCCAACACCGGGUGCUGGGACUUGAGCUCUGGGAACAAGAAGUGGAUCAUCCAGGUGCCCAUCCUGGCCUCUAUUGUGCUCAACUUCAUCUUGUUCAUCAACAUCGUCCGGGUGCUCGCCACCAAGCUGCGGGAGACCAAUGCCGGCCGGUGUGACACGCGGCAGCAGUACCGGAAGCUGCUCAAAUCCACACUGGUGCUCAUGCCGCUCUUUGGCGUCCACUACAUCGUCUUCAUGGCCACGCCGUACACCGAGGUCUCAGGGACGCUCUGGCAAGUCCAGAUGCACUACGAGAUGCUCUUCAACUCCUUCCAGGGAUUUUUUGUCGCCAUCAUAUACUGUUUCUGCAAUGGUGAGGUACAGGCCGAGAUCAAGAAAUCCUGGAGCCGCUGGACACUGGCCUUGGACUUCAAGCGCAAGGCCCGAAGUGGGAGCAGCAGUUACAGCUACGGCCCGAUGGUGUCUCACACGAGCGUGACCAACGUAGGCCCCCGCGCGGGACUUGGCCUGCCCCUCAGCCCCCGCCUGCUGCCCGCCGCUGCCGCCACCACCACCACCGCCACCACCAACGGCCACCCCCCGAUCCCGGGCCACACCAAGCCAGGGGCCCCGACCCUCCCGGCCACACCACCUGCCACGGCAGCUCCCAAGGACGAUGGGUUCCUCAACGGCUCCUGCUCGGGGCUGGACGAGGAGGCCUCCGCGCCAGAGCGGCCUCCCGCCCUGCUGCAGGAGGAGUGGGAGACGGUCAUGUGAUCGGGGACCUGUGCCAGGGUUGGACUCGUGGACAUAAGGGCCGACAGACGGACCAAGAGACAGGCGGUUGGACAGUUGCCCACUCAGGGCUGGGGCUGGGAAGACAAAACAGGAAAAAAAAAAAAACGAAAAAAAAAAAAAAGAAAGAAAAGGGAAAAGGAAGCGG